AUGAAACAUAAAAAAAAUGAGCUCUGGAAGCUCGAUGUUCUCGAGUCGAAAUUCACACAGUCUGCUCCUCGCUUUAGCUCUACGAAAAAGUUGCUUCAUGCUCGCAACAAUGCCCAACUUCUCAAAAAGCUUCCCCAUUCUCCACAAGAAGCUUUCGCUAUGAUCGCCUCUUUAAAGCUGGAUUUGUUUGUGCAAAAAUGGCACGGCUCUCAUAAAAAGUUACUCCGUGAAAUCCAGCGUAAAGUCAAGCAUGAUAUGCGCCUGUGGAAAGACCAGAAACUGCUUCAACAGUUUUUCGACAACCCAGAAAACUCGGAACACUUAGUCUCUUCCAAGUUGGCCAAAAUCGUGUCUGCUGCCAUACUCACAUCCAAGGAACUGAAACAGAAUCCUCCCGCAUAUGUUCUGAACGACGUCCAGCAGAUAAUCCUGGACAAGACGGACCCUAGAAACCCAUCACAGUUUUUCAAGAACCAUUGCCAAAACGAUAAAACUCUCAAUGGAUACGUUUCAUCGUUGUGGAAUGACAAACAAAUCAAACCUUUGGUGGGCCAAAUCGAUUGGUCUUUUCGCAAAAUCAGAGGGAACUUGACAGCUGCAGAGAAAAAUGCCCAUGCUGCACUCACUAAAAAGAAAACCAAACAUGAGGAUGACGAUGAUUUGGACGAUAUGGUUGGAUCCAGUUCCGAGGAAGAGGAAGAGGAAGAAGAGAACGAGAACGAUAACGAGAACAGUUUUGGUGGCUUUGAAGAUGAAGAAUUGGAAGAGAAGGAUUCGGAUGACGAAGACGAUAGCUCGGAAAAUGGUGGCUCUGACGAUGAAGAUUUUGCUGAUGCUGAUUCUAAAUCCGUAGAGGCAAGCUCCAAGAAAGAAAAGAAGAAAAUCGUUUUACCCCUGUUGGCAACAGGCUACUUUUCGGGUGGAUCAGAUGAUGAAGAGGACGUUGACAAUGAUAAGAUAGUCAAGGCUGCAACCACUGUUCGUAAAAACAGAAGAGGCCAGCGGGCAAGACAAAAGAUUUGGGAAAUGAAAUACGGCAAUAAGGCUGCACAUUUACAGAAAGAACAGCAGCGGAUUGCUAGCGAAAGAGAACAGAGACAGAAGGAGUUCGAAGAAAGACAACGAAAGAGAGAGGAGAAGGCAAACAUGGCCAAGGAGAAGGGAGAAAAGACCAAUGCACCUUCUGCUCAAAAAAUGCAUCCUUCAUGGGAAGCCAAGAAGAAGGAAGAGGAGCGUUUGAAUGCCAAGUUCCAGGGAAAGAAAAUCACGUUUGAUUAG